AUGAUAGCUUUCAAUAAUUUACCAAUAGAAUUAAUCGAGAAGAUUUUGUUAAAAUUAGAUCAUUUUGACAAUAUUCCUCAAGCACUAAGACACCAAUGGUAUUAUCAUGUCAAUAUUGAUACCACUUUAACUUUAAUCAUAAAGCACGAAUCUAAGAAAUUGUAUGAUCAUAAAUAUAGAAUAUUUGUGAAUUCUGGAGCUCCUAAAAGAUUUGAUUUUGAUUGUAAUUUCUUUUUAGCUGAUCAUGAGAGGUUGAUAUCGAGAAAGAGCUUGAAUCUUUGUCUAGAUCUCAUAGACUAUCUUGAAAUUUGGUGUGAAAAUGCGCAAGUCAGAGAGUUGUGGUAUUUUUAUUUAUUCACAUAUCCUUUUUGCUUCAGAUUUAAUAGCUCGGGCAGAAGAAAUGCAACCAUUUCGGAUUUGGAAACCUUGGAAAAGGAGGAUGAUAUAUUUGAGAACGCAAGCAGAGAAUACAAUUCCAAAGUAAUUCAGAAUUUAAAAGAUAGAAUUGGAUAUUUUGUGGACUUCAAAUUCGAUAACUUUUUGCAAUCCAUUUACAGAGGUAAAAUAUUAUUACUUGCAUCGUCAUUAAGAAAUUUCGCAAAUCAACUGAUAGUCUCUAAUUUUGAUCCUACUUUUUUGAAUUUAAGAAUAGUCUAUGAUGGAAAAACCAAAAGAUUACCUAUUGAUGAUGUUAGUGAUCAUCAAUUUGAAAAUUUAGUAGCCUUUGAACUUGAAUUGUUGGGUAAAGAUACAAAAAUUGAUUCGGAAAGAGACUUAAUUGAUACUCUUGGUGAAAAUACGAAAAGAAUAACAAUAUCGAUACCUAAAUUAAAUGUCCAUAAUCUUUUGCUGUCAUUGAAUUACAAGCAAUUAAACUACUUAUGGAUAACGACUAAGAUGGAAAGUUAUGGAGAGAAAGGUCUGAUUAGAAGAAGAGUAAAUAAACAACUUAUGAAAGACAAAGUUCGUGGUAAAAAUUAUCAUCUAAGGAUCAUUGAUUAA